AUGGGCGGGGAGGCGAGAGGAGGAGAGGGAGGAGAGGGAGGAGAGGUGUCCCAGCCGCUGAUGGAUCAGCACGGCAAUGUCCUCCUAUUUAACGGUGAGAUAUUCGGCGGGCUGCCCGGCCUUCAACCAGAGCAGAACGAUGCGCAGUGCCUUCUCUCCGCCCUCUCCUCCUGCUGCUCCUUCCGCUGCCCCACCCCACGUGCCCUUGACACAACCACCAGUGCGGCAAGCAUCAAGAAUGGUCAUAACAGUGCUACCACCACUAUCAGUCAACCCCAUAUCAGCAGCAGCAACAUCCCAUCAGUUCCUUCCAUCUCCUUCUCACAACCUUCCUCCUCCUCUCCUCCCUCCGCCCAUCCUGACCAGCCAUCCUCCCCUCUCUCCGCCCGUCCAGCCCCCCCCUGCGCCCACCCCCACUCCGUCCCCCGCCUGCUCUCCUCUCUCCGCGGCCCCUUCGCGCUGGCCUAUUGGCAGGCGACAGCUGGCACGCUCUGGUUGGCCCGCGACUUCAUGGGGCGGCGCAGCCUGCUGUUCCACGGGCCUUGCGUUGAGGGGAAUGGGGAGGAGGGGAGAAGGGGGAAGGAAAGAAAGGAGGAGGGUAGAGGGGAGGAGGGAAGGGGAGGGCUGAGCACUUUUGUGGUCAGCAGCGUGUGCCCCUCGCCUCUUCCUCUCGGUCUCUUGAGUGGCGAGAGAGCAAAGAGUGAAGGGCGGACAAGGGAGGGGUCGCUAGGAACUUUGGCUUCUUGCGAGUCGACUCAACAAUCCAAUCCGGAGAGAGCAGAAAUUGACGCGCGGACAGAGGAGGGGGCGUUGGAUAGAGCAGAGCGGGCAGGAGAGGGGAGAGUAGAGAGAUUAGUGAGGGCGAGGGAGGACGAGUGGAAGUGGUUCCGGCAUGAGUGGGAGGAUGAAACCGUCCAGCGACUGCUGACGUGGCAGCGCCCAAUGGCAGCUGACGUGGCAAACCGAGGUGCUGAGCUGGCAUCAGAUGGCUCUGAGGUGGCGUACUCCGGUAUUGAGCUGGCAGCAAGUGAUGCGGCUGACUCAGCAGCAGAUGCUGUGCUGGCCGCACUGGAUAGAGCGGUGGGGAUUCGUGUGACGCAUAUUCGAGAGGAAAGGCACAUUGGAAAAGGUAUACCCAUUGGCCCACUGGACGGACAUGGAGCAUCGGCAGCACCAGUGGGGGCGUGUGUGCGCAGGGAAGAAGAGGCCGCACCACUGGCAGCACCAGAAGCAGCAGCAGAUGUAGCAGCGGUGGCAGGAGAUGCGUGCAGGGCGGAGGAGCUGGUAGCAGCAGAGGCAGCAGAGGCAGCAGCAGCAGGACAUGCGUGCAGAGAAAAAGAGGAGCAAGUGGCACCAGUGGUGGUGCUGUUCUCAGGGGGACUCGACUCCAUGCUGCUGGCGGCCCUGGCUCACCGCCAUGUGCCCAUCCACCGUGAGUGCAUGCGUGCGUGCGUGGGUGCGUGCAUGGGUGCGUGCGUGGGUGCGUGCGUGGGUGCGUGCGUGGGUGCGUGCGUGGGUGCGUGCGUGGGUGCGUGCGUGGGUGCGUGCAUGGGUGCGUGCGUGGGUGCGUGCGUGGGUGCGUGCGUGGGUGCGUGCGUGGGUGCGUGCGUGGGUGCGUGCGUGGGUGCGUGCGUGGGUGCGUGCGUGGGUGCGUGCGUGGGUGCGUGCGUGGGUGCGUGCGUGGGUGCGUGCGUGGGUGCGUGCGUGGGUGCGUGCGUGGGUGCGUGCGUGGGUGCGUGCAUGGGUGCGUACGUGCAUGGGUGCGUGCGUGGAUGCGUGCAUGGGUGCGUGCAUGGGUGCGUGCGUGGGUGCGUGCGUGGGUGCGUGCAUGGGUGCGUGCAUGCGUGCGUGCAUGGGUGCGUGCAUGGGUGCGUGCAUGGGUGCGUGCAUGGGUACGUGCAUGGGUGCGUGCAUGGGUGCGUGCAUGGGUGCGUGCAUGGGUACGUGCAUGGGUGCGUGCAUGGGUGCGUGCAUGGGUGCGUGCAUGGGUACGUGCAUGGGUGCGUGCAUGGGUGCGUGCAUGGGUGCGUGCGUAGGUACGUGCAUGGGUGCGUGCGUGGAUGCGUGCAUGGGUGCGUGCAUGCGUGCGUGCGUGGGUGCGUGCGUGGGUGCGUGCGUGGGUGCGUGCGUGGGUGCGUGCGUGGGUGCGUGCGUGGGUGCGUGCGUGGGUGCGUGCAUGGGUGCGUGCGUGGGUGCGUACAUGGGUGCGUGCAUGGGUGCGUGCAUGGGUACGUGCAUGGGUGCGUGCAUGGGUGCGUGCAUGGGUGCGUGCAUGGGUACGUGCGUAGGUAUGUGCAUGGGUGCGUGCGUGGAUGCGUGCAUGGGUGCGUGCAUGGGUGCGUGCGUGGGUGCGUGCGUGGGUGCGUGCAUGGGUGCGUGCAUGCGUGCGUGCAUGGGUGCGUGCAUGGGUGCGUGCAUGGGUGCGUGCAUGGGUACGUGCAUGGGUGCGUGCAUGGGUGCGUGCAUGGGUGCGUGCAUGGGUACGUGCAUGGGUGCGUGCAUGGGUGCGUGCAUGGGUGCGUGCAUGGGUACGUGCAUGGGUGCGUGCAUGGGUGCGUGCAUGGGUGCGUGCGUAGGUACGUGCAUGGGUGCGUGCGUGGAUGCGUGCAUGGGUGCGUGCAUGCGUGCGUGCGUGGGUGCGUGCGUGGGUGCGUGCGUGGGUGCGUGCAUGGGUGCGUGCGUGGGUGCGUACAUGGGUGCGUGCAUGGGUGCGUGCAUGGGUACGUGCAUGGGUGCGUGCAUGGGUGCGUGCAUGGGUGCGUGCAUGGGUACGUGCGUAGGUACGUGCAUGGGUGCGUGCGUGGAUGCGUGCAUGGGUGCGUGCAUGGGUGCGUGCGUGGGUGCGUGCGUGGGUGCGUGCAUGGGUGCGUGCAUGCGUGCGUGCAUGGGUGCGUGCAUGGGUGCGUGCAUGGGUGCGUGCAUGGGUACGUGCAUGGGUGCGUGCAUGGGUGCGUGCAUGGGUGCGUGCAUGGGUACGUGCAUGGGUGCGUGCAUGGGUGCGUGCAUGGGUGCGUGCAUGGGUACGUGCAUGGGUGCGUGCAUGGGUGCGUGCAUGGGUGCGUGCGUAGGUACGUGCAUGGGUGCGUGCGUGGAUGCGUGCAUGGGUGCGUGCAUGGGUGCGUGCGUGGGUGCGUGCGUGGGUGCGUGCAUGGGUGCGUGCAUGCGUGCGUGCGUGGGUGCGUGCGUGGGUGCGUGCGUGGGUGCGUGCGUGGGUGCAUGCGUGGGUGCGUGCGUGGGUGCGUGCGUGGGUGCGUGCAUGAGUGCGUGCAUGGGUGCGUGCAUGGGUGCGUGCGUGGGUGCGUGCAUGGGUGCGUGCAUGGGUGCGUGCAUGGGUGCGUGCAUGGGUGCGUACAUGGGUGCGUGCAUGGGUGCGUGCAUGGGUACGUGCAUGGGUGCGUGCAUGGGUGCGUGCAUGGGUGCGUGCAUGGGUACGUGCAUGGGUGCGUGCAUGGGUGCGUGCAUGGGUGCGUGCAUGGGUACGUGCAUGGGUGCGUGCAUGGGUGCGUGCAUGGGUGCGUGCAUGGGUGCGUGCGUGGGUGCGUGCGUGGAUGCGUGCAUGGGUGCGUGCAUGGGUGCGUGCGUGGGUGCGUGCGUGGGUGCGUGCAUGGGUGCGUGCAUGCGUGCGUGCGUGGGUGCGUGCGUGGGUGCGUGCGUGGGUGCGUGCGUGGGUGCAUGCGUGGGUGCGUGCGUGGGUGCGUGCGUGGGUGCGUGCAUGGGUGCGUGCAUGGGUGCGUGCAUGGGUGCGUGCGUGGGUGCGUGCAUGGGUGCGUGCAUGGGUGCGUGCAUGGGUGCGUGCAUGGGUGUGUGCAUGGGUGCGUGCAUGGGUGCGUGCCUGGGUGUGUGCAUGGGUACGUGCAUGGGUGCGUGCAUGGGUGCGUGCGUGGGUGCGUGCGUGGGUGCGUGCGUGGGUGCGUGCAUGGGUGCGUGCAUGGGUGCGUGCAUGGGUGUGUGCAUGGGUGCGUGCAUGGGUGCGUGCCUGGGUGCGUGCAUGGGUACGUGCAUGGGUGCGUGCGUGGGUGCGUGCGUGGGUGCGUGCGUGGGUGCGUGCGUGGGUGCGUGCAUGGGUGCGUGCAUGGGUGCGUGCAUGGGUGCGUGCGUGGGUGCGUGCGUGGGUGCGUGCAUGGGUGCGUGCGUGGGUGCGUGCAUGGGUGCGUGCGUGGGUGCGUGCAUGGAUGCGUGCAUGGGUGCGUGCAUGGGUGCGUGUGUGGGUGCGUGUAUGGGUGCGUGCAUGGGUGCGUGCGUGGGUGCGUGCGUGGGUGCGUGCAUGGGUGCGUGCGUGGGUGCGGGCAUGGGUGCGUGCGUGGGUGCGUGCAUGCGUGCGUGCAUGCGUGCGUGCGUGGUGCGGGCAUGGGUGCGUGCGUGGGUGCGUGCAUGCGUGCGUGCGUGGUGCGUGCGUGGGUGCGUGCGUGGGUUCGUGCAUGGGUGCGUGCAUGGGUGCGUGUGUGGGUGCGUGCGUGGAUGCGUGCGUGGGUGCGUGCGUGGGUGCGUGCGUGGGUGCGUGCGUGGGUGCGUGCGUGGGUGCGUGCGUGGGUGCGUGCGUGGGUGGGUGCUGGGGUGCGUGCAUGGGUGCGUGCAUGGGUGCGUGCGUGGGUGCGUGCGUGGGUGCUUGCGUGGGUGCGUGCGUGGAUGCGUGCAUGGAUGCGUGCAUGGGUGCGUGCAUGGGUGCGUGCAUGGGUGCGUGCAUGGAUGCGUGCAUGGGUGCGUGCAUGGGUGCGUGCAUGGGUGCGUGCAUGGGUGCGUGCGUGGGUGCGUGCGUGGGUGCGUGCAUGGGUGCGUGCAUGGGUGCGUGCAUGGGUGUGUGCGUGGGUGUGUGCAUGGGUGCGUGCGUGGAUGCGUGCAUGGGUGCGUGCAUGGGUGCGUGCGUGGGUGCGUGCAUGGGUGCGUGCGUGGGUGCGUGCAUGGGUGCGUGCAUGCGCGUGUGCGUGGAGCGUGCGUGGGUGCGUGCGUGGGUGCGUGCAUGGGUGCGUGCAUGGGUGCGUGCAUGGAUGCGUGCAUGGGUGCGUGCAUUGGUGCGUGCGCGCAUGUGCAUGGGCCCACCGCCACGUGCCCAUCCACCGACCCAUCGAGCUGCUGAAUGUGAGCUUUGCCGGGGCAGCAGCACCGGACAGGCAGACAGCGAGGAUGGGAGUGAGGGAGCUGGUGCGAGCAUGCGAGGGGAGGAGGUGGCAUCUGGUGCAGGUGGAUUUGAGUCUUCCGCUGCUGGAACCUGACUUCUCUAUCAGCCCCUUUUCCGUUUACUUGCGGUGCAGGUGGCAUCUGGUGGAGGUGGAUUCGACCCUCUCAGAAGUGGAUCAAGUCAAAACGCACCUGCUCUCCCUGCUCUGCCCAUCCCACACGCACAUGGACCUCAACAUUGGUGCGGCACUGUGGCUUGCUGCUAGAGGGGAGGGCAGGAUGAUACGCUAUGGGGGGGAGGGGGAAGGCGAUGGGGAAGAGGAGGAAGAGGUGUGCAGAGCUGUGAUGGGGAGUGCGGAGGUGUACAGAGCACAUGCGCGGGUGGUGUUCGUGGGGACGGGUGCAGAUGAACACUGGCCAUCCUUGGAGAGCGAGAUGAGGGACGACGUGCAGCGCCUGGGGCGCCGCAACCUUGGACGGGACGACCGCUGGCCAUCUCUGGAGAGUGAGAUGAGGGACGACGUGCAGCGCCUGUGGCGGCGCAACCUGGGCCGGGACGACCGGUGCCUCUCGGACCACGGGAGAGAGCCACGCUUCCCCUUUUUGGACGAGGGAGUGAUGAGCGCGCUGCUGGCCCUCCCUCUGCCUCGCAUCGCCAACCUGCACCUCCCUCCGGGCACAGGAGACAAGCUCAUACUGCGGCAGAUUGCUCGCAAGCUGGGUCUGACAGGAGCUGCUGCAUUGCCCAAACGAGCCAUUCAG